ACUGAAAGACUGUGAGGAGGUUUUAUGGCAACCAAAAUGGCUGCCCAAGACAGAUCAAGUGCAUCCCAAGACCGAGAAAAUGAAGCCAGUUCGUUUCGACAAAGGGACUUUGUGGAUGCACUGGAUUCCUUGCCCCAGCCAAGAGGGUUCUCCAAGUCUGCUCACCUUGACCUUGACACAAGCAUCAGAGAAUCAGAUCUGGCAUUGAACCUUUUCUUCAACAACAAGUUUGCUCAGGCUCAAGAACUAAUGCAGCCAUGGGCAGACAAGAGUAUGUAUCACGCUCUAGGCUAUGGGACCAUUUUGUAUAUACAAGCAGUGAUGACCUUUGACAUGGCUGAUAUUGAACUGGCUAUUGAAGCCAUCAAGAAGUCUGUGAUUGUAUGCAACCAAGUGAGGAAGAAAUCUUCAUUCAUGAGUUCCCUCUCCAAGUUUGCUUCCAAGAAUGAUUACAAUGGUUAUACUGAAGAGGAAAUUCAUGCUGAAUUGUGUUAUGCCGAAUGUUUGCUGGUGCGAGCCUGCCUCACAUUUAUACAAGAUGAGAAUCUCAUCAGUUUCAUUAAAGGUGGCCUCAAAAUCAGAGAGAGCUACAAGAUAUACAAGGAGUGCCACAAGAUUUUGAGAAAUAGAAAAGUUGGAACAGACAGGUACAAGGUUCAUUUCGAUAGCGGAGUCUGUAUGGGUAUAGGGACAUUCAAUUUGAUGGUCUCAUUGUUGCCAAGCAAAAUCAUGAAGCUCAUGGAGUUUGUUGGUUUCUCUGGUAAAAAGAAACUUGGGUUGUCAGAGAUCCAGAGAGGGUGUGAGCUGCGGAUUGGGCUGAGGAGUAAACUGUGUGCCAUUAUACUCGUCGUUUACCACUCCCUCAUCACAUACAUUUUAGGUUCGGGAGAUGGGGACAUAGAAUUGGCAACUGAGACACUUAAACCUUGCCUAAAAGAUCAUCCGCAGGGAGCCUUGUUUUUGUUUUUCGCUGGUCGUCUUGAGGAGGUGAAAGGAAACAUUGAUGAAGCUGUGAACAAAUUUGAAGAUUCUAUAGAGUCACAGAGUGAAUGGCGCCAGUUCCAUCAUUUGUGUUACUGGGAACUCAUGUGGUGCCACUGCUUCAAAAGUGAUUGGCUGAUGGCGAUGAAAUACGCUGAGCGUUUGUGUAAGGAGAGUCGCUGGAGCAAGGCCACGUACACAUACCAGAAAGCUUCCUUCUUAAUCAUGUGUUCAGAUCAGACAGAGGAAACUAAAAAACACAUUGACUACCUUUUAGGGGAGGUGCCUCGACUGAAGCAAAGAAUCGCAGGAAAAUCGCUUCCAUUUGAAAAAUUUGCUGUGGCUAAAUCUGAGAGAUACUUCCAACAGGGCGGUCAUCUGACUCUGCCAGCCUUGGAGUUGAUCUACGUGUGGAAUGGCUUUAACAUUGUGGGUAAAAACAGGCAGCUGUUGGAGAGGAUGCUGGUAGUUGUGGAGUCAACUGUCACAGAAUUAGCUGGUCAGUCAGAGAGUGCCAGUAAAGAUAAAUAUUACUAUGACAACUACAGUCUUGCGCUGCUCAUUAAAGGUGUUUGUCUGAGGCACAGAGGGCAGGAGUUUCAGGCAGAGCAGUGUUUUACUGAGGUUAUAGAGAAUGAGAAGAAACUUGUGAGUGACCACUACCUGAUACCAUACAGCAUGGUGGAGCUGGCCAUUCUCCACCUGCACCAGGAGAGGUUUGAGGAGACCAAGAAACACCUGGAGAAAGUCAAAAAACAGUACCGAGGUUACUACCUAGAGAAUCGCCUACAUUUCCGCAUGCAUGCCAUUAGGCUCGAUCUGAAAACAGCCAUGAACAGCGAGGGGGACAGCCAAUCUUUAAGUGACACCUUCGGACAGGACGCCAUCAACAACCAUGUCCGACAGGACGACGAAGAUUUGGACGACAUGUUCGCUGACGCAGAGGACUUGAGCGCCACCAUGAAAUGAUGCCGGCAACGAUCAACUGGCGCUGGCAGCGUCUACUACAUGUUGUUGUUGUUGGAGCAACUUACAUCCAGUAACUUAAGUUUUUUUUUUUUGUAACAUGCAUUUCAAUUUACCCAUGAUCACAUGCAUUGGAUUGAGCCGGAGCAGUCUCAGAUUUUUUAAUGCAGCUCCUGUGUUCGUGCACUCGAUCAGAACAGAUUUUUUUUAUAAAUCCCGGUCUGGGCACCCAGCAGUCACACCUGGCUCUAAUUGUUGAUAUUGAGUUCAAGUUUAUCAUAUCCUGGACUAUUUAUUUUUACUCACCGCAUUUUUUCAGGUAUUUAUGAAU